GUAUCCGUCUGUAUGCUGAUGCGUUGCGUGCUGCUGUGCAGCUGUGCCCGCUGUGUCGUCGGUGUCGUCUUUGGUGCGUGCUGCCGCCGUAGGAAGGGAGCGGUUAUAUUGGUUAUAUCUGGUUUAUCAGACAGACGUGCCAAAAAAAGCAAGAUAGCGUUCUAGUGUAUUUCUUGCGGUAGCUUCGUGAGCACAACUCGCAUUGAAACAUUUUACAUAAUAAGCGCUAAUGGUUCUGGGAAUGGGAAACGAUGUAUGGUGCAUGGUCUCGAUUCGUUGAGCCCUCUCCGCCCUACCUACUCAUUGCAGAUUGGUACUUACAGGCGUCCAGAAGGACUCGAAACAAUGGAGCCUACCACCAUUCGUGAUUUGAAGCCCGGCAUGAAAAAUCUCAGUAUUAUUUUCAUCGUCCUGGAAAUAGGCCGACCUAAUAUGACCAAAGAAAACCACGAAGUGCGGACGUGCAAAGUGGCAGACCGCUCUGGGUCCAUCAACGUCUCUGUGUGGGAUGAGCCAGGUACCUGCAUUCAACAGGGGGACAUCUGCAAGCUUACCAAAGGCUACGCAUCACUCUGGAAAGGAUGCCUCACCCUCUACACGGGGAAAGGGGGUGAGAUUCAGAAGAUUGGAGAGUUCUGCCUGCCCUUCAGCGAAACACCGUUCAUGAGUGAGCCCAAUCCCGAAUUCCAGCUGCAGCUGCAGGCCAAGCUGAGUGCCAAUAUGGACCAGAGGCGAUCGCCCACCUCACAGGUGGGGGGCGCAGAUCCGAUGGGCCUCCCAGCGCCAUUGCCAGGAAACGGCCAUCCCGGGGGCAUAGGGUUUGGUCCCCGCAUACGGCAGGGGAUGCCCUAUGCCUCGAUGCGCAUGCCCGUUCCCCCCAACCACAACAAUGGCUUCGGCGUCAACGCGGGUGUGCCCAGCCCCAAGGUCAGGCCCCACCGGAGGUAGCGGCUUGACUGGCGCCUUUUGGCUCUGUGUGUGCACCGGGCCUGGACAUCGGAGUGUCAGUUGGUGACAUAAUCAUUCUGCUAAGAGUGGCCAGCCAGGCAACAUUGCACAGACUGCUUGCGGAUACACCUUGUGCUGUUGUCUAAUAAAGAUGUUGAGUUAAAAAAAAAAGAAAAGAAAGAAA